UCAGAAUCGAAUACUCUAAAGUUGAAUCACUCACAUGACGCUAUUUAAAGGGAUGCUUGUCGUUCAAAGUGAAAUUUGUGACCAUUUUCAGAGAGAUUGUAAAUGUUCCCUUUGUCUAUGAUAGAUUGUGAGUAACAGCUGUGAGAAUUACUCAUCGUUUCUGGGACACAUUACACGUUGGCGAUGCAGAGAUCAACGGAACAGCUGACUCAUUGUAGCAGCACGACCCUGGAGGAGAUCCAGGACAACACAGACGGAGUGACAACGCGUACAGUUUCCGAAAAGAUCAUGAGUAUCUGCAAGAGUACCGUACGCUGGGUGCUUCUGCUGGAUAUCUUUCUCGCUCUAACAGUCAUCGUGAUAUUAGCCCUACUGGAAUUUGGAACUGUUCCUCAGCAACGCAUAGGCUUCUAUUGCAAUGACCCAAAGAUUUCCUUCAAGUUUCUCGGAGACACGAUCUCCAUUUCCCUGUUGCUCACUGUUUCUCUCCUGCUGCCACUCGUUGUGAUGUUCCUAGUGGAGUACCUGUGCCAUCCUGAAGACAGUUACACCACAACCUCAGGAUGUUCUGGUUCAAGAGUGAAACAAGUCUGGUUUUGGUACGGACACUAUUUAAUCGGAACAGUUUGCUUGAUAUUCUUGUGUGACGUCAUGAAGACUCUCAUUGGAGAGCCAAGGCCUCAUUUUUUGGAUACGUGUAAACCUCUUGAGGCUCACAAUUGCACUGAUGGAUAUGUGAGGUCCUACACUUGCACGAACACAAACGAUUCAACCUGGUUCAUCUCAGACUCCAGCAAAUCCUUCCCAUCGGGUCACUCUGCUCUUUCCAUGUUCGCAACAAUAUUCAUGGUGUGGUACUUACAGACUCGUCUACCAAACAGGACGUUUCUCCUAAAACCGUGGCUGCAAUGUCUAAUAUCCUUGUGGACAGUGGUCUGUUCGCUGACCAGGAUCGGUGAUAACAGACACCACUGGUGGGAUGUGCUCGCAGGCGUUGUCUUGGGCACAAUCUUCAGUGUGCUAACAGUUACAGUGCAGUGCAAUACAUUUCGUUUAAACAAAAUUGCCUACAAUGAACCGGUAGAGAAUAGGCAAAUUAAUUUCAACAUGAAGACGCAUCACAACGUAAAGAAACUAUUACAAGAGACCACUGUUGACCUUCACGAGGGGCGAGAGUUGAAAAACACGUCGUCGAACUGGAAGGAAUGACCCCCGAUGCUAGUUUUGAAAUAAGUAUUGCAAGGAAUAGUUUGUCAGCCAAAGGAUGUGAAAACUGAAAGAUUGAAAACAUUGAAAACAUCUUCCAAUAUUUAUUUCACGAGGUUUUACAUGGCAGCAAAGAAACCUAACGCAACAUUAAUGUCACUGCGAAACCAAAUGAUUCUAUUUAUUUACAUCGUCAUUCCAAUCACAAAUACGUAUAAAGAGAAUUUUAAGCUUUACUGGUAAUUUGUACAAGACUCUAACUUUUAAAAUACAUUAACAUUCUUCAACAUAUUGUAAAUAUUCAACUCUCUUCGCUGGAGAGAAUUAAUAGUCAUCUCUCGAACGCAGAGAGUUGAUGAGUAACGAAUAGAGAACAUUACUGCCAUCAUUUGGCGCUAAUACUGUCCACACACAACAGAAUUUUUAAUGAUAUUAUAAUAUAAACUGUAACGCUAGUUGCUCAUUAGGUAUUAAUGUAUAAAUUUCUUAAAUUAUUCUUAAGUUAUUAACACGUAAUGGUCCCUUCGACUCUUUUCAUUGCUGUGUAAAUCAGCGAGGAACUUUGUGUGCAUGUUUAAAAGGAAUAUUUUGUAUCGUAGAUUAAAAAAAACUGUUCAAAGGAAGAGGGUAAAUCGGUGAGGUGUGUGUAUAUGUGUAAAAGGAAUAUUUUUUAUUGUAAACUAAAAGUCUGCUUAAAAGACUACCAUUCGCAAAAGCAAUAAAACAUGAUUCAAUUCACAAAAGCAAUAACACAGUUGAUUCAGUAAAUUAAAAAAUCUGUUCGAAGGAAGAGGGUAAAUCAGUGAGGUGUGUGUAUAUGUGUAAAAGGAAUAUUUUUUAUCGUAAACUAAAAGUCUGUUUAAAAGAGUACCAUUCGCAAAAGCAAUAAAACAUGAUUCAAUUCACAGAAGCAAUAACAAAGUUGAUUCAGU